CAACUGGGCAGGGCAAAAAACUAAACGGGAAGUGUGAGGCGUUUACAUUUAUCUACUUUAUCCAGUUAUUUAUUACUACGUGGAAUCGAGCGUUCAGCUUUAAUGUACAAAAAUGUCAGGAACGAUCCAAGACCUCUCUGUGAACUACGAUCCCGUUAAUGAGAACAACACGUUUACGUGUGGCGACGUUAUUAAUGGUCGAGUUAUAUUAGAAGUGACCAAAGAAGUCAAAAUUGACAGUCUUUACAUAAAGUGUAAAGGGGAUGCAAACGUUCGCUGGACUGAGAGACGAAACGACGAUACGCAUGUCUACAGCGCUCAUGAAAGAUACUUCAAACUUAAACAGGUGUUUAUUCAGGACCCAUCCAAAAAGGGCAAAAAAGAUCCAGGCACCAUUAUAACAACUGGGGAGACUUACAGUAAUGUGGUUAGGCCUGGAAAUCAUGUUUUUCCAUUUAGCUUUCAACUGCCCCACGGGAAUAUGCCAGCAUCUUUUUCAGCAUACUAUGGCUCGGUUAAGUACUUGCUUGAGGUCAGACUGGAUCGUUCAUGGAAAAUGGAUCGUACUGCUAUCAAAGAAAUCACCUUUGUCCCAUUGAUUAAUAAUGUUGGUCCCAAUUUAAUGAUGCCACAGAGUGGUGCGACAGACAAAAAGAUGAAACUGUUCACCUCAGGAAGUGCCUCAAUAAGAGCAUCAACAGAAAAAAUGGGUUAUAUGCAAGGAGAGGUUAUCAAGGUUUACACCGAUAUUGAUAACUCUUCCUCUCGCAACCUCAAGAUGAAGUACAGUCUCGAGGAAAAACAGACCUUCUCUGCUGAGGGUCAUCAUAAAUAUGGGAGCAAAAUUAUAUUCAAAGAAGUUGGGGAUCCCAUUCCUUCUGGAUCAAAGCAAACAGUCACCACUCAGGUCACCAUCCCAUCUGAUGUGGACCUGACCAUUAUAAAUUGUGGCAUUAUCAAAGUGGAAUAUGUAUUAAAGGUCUAUCUGGAUGUUCCCUAUGCAAAAGACCCAACGAUACAUUUUCCAGUGGUCAUUUUGCCUGCAGGCCUGUUUCUUGCUCCACUGCAGAGCCAGCCAGGCUUUCAGCCUUAUGGAAACCCUGACGCAUCAGGAUGGAGCAAUGUCCCACCCCAGCCUGCAUUAGGGCCCGGUCCGUCUGGUGCUGCAUAUGGACCAGCCCCAGGGCUAUACCCCAAUAUACAACCUUCUCCUAUGCAUCCACAGCCAGCCAAUCCCGAAGCACCGCCUCCUUCUUACCAUGACAUCUACUCGAACCCCAACCCUCCAGUCCCUGGAUACAAUCCAGCUCCUUCGGCUCCAACAUUCAAUCCGCCUCAGUACCCCUUUAUGGGUUAUCCAAAUCCUACACUGCCCCACCCAGCACCAAGUGCCCCAGAGUUCUGCCCAAAUCCACCUGCCCCAGGCUAUGGGCCUCCAGGGGGUGAACCAGGUUAUUGGCCAAGUCCAACCAAUGUGAUCAAUCAACCAGAGCCUUAUCCAACCAAAACACCUGAGAAGCAAGAGUAAUUAAUACUACCUUUUACUGUUUCAUUUGAUGGGGUUUCACAUUAUACAAAUAACCAUACUCAUAGAGCAUAUAUUGACAUAUGGGUGUCAUAAUGGGUGACAUAAGAUUAUAUAUAAUCUCAGUGGUUGUGUAUAUAUAAAUCAGUAGUUGAAUACCUCCGAGGUUCCGUUGUCUUAGACACAUACUAAGAACAAUGGUAAGCCUUCUCAGUACAUUAGGGCAUCUGUUUUUAUUUACACUCCAAACACUACCACUGCAAGGGCUGUAUGCACUACAAAUCAAAAUUAUUUAAUCAAAAACUAAUUACUUGACUGUUAAAUGUGCCAGCAUAUGUGCUUUUAUGUACAUCUCUAUAUCUACAUGUACUUCUCUAUAUCUCUAUAUAUUCAUUUACUGAAUCAAUAAUUGCAUUGUAUUGUACUUAUAUUGGAAAAUUCAUGAACAAUUGCCGUCCAGAAUUGCACAGAAUUACAGAAUUAUAUGAGUAAAGUUUAACAAACUAUGAACACAUUUCAAAGGAAAAUCUAAAAAUAUAAACUUUUCUAAGAUAAAUAAACUUUUUUAAGAUAAA